AUGCCACCACAUCCUGACGAAAUACGGAGGCGGCUCCUCGCCGCUGGGGCACUGCAACACGAACAGAGCGCUCCGCGGUCACCUCUGCGCAAGCAGAAAUCAUACGAGCCCGUCACGGCAUUACCUAGCAGUCAACAAGCGCCCAAAUUACGAUCACGCAGCGUGGCGCAUCCGACAGUUAAGAGUGAGCCUGGCUUGAAUACCUUUGGCCAAGCAAUCAAUGCCUUCGCUCGGUCAAAUGACGUCCAGCAUACAACAUCGUCCAACAAUGCACGAGAAGGAACUGCCUUUAACGGGACUUUUGACAACCCUAGCAAUGUCCGGGGCACGAAUGCUGAGGGCAACGUUUCGUACCCAGAGUUUUCCGAAGAAGCUCAGCAAGCCCUUGUCGUUUGUACUCCCAACCACCCUGCACGUCUCCACCGACGGACCGCUCGCCUCUCUUUGAAGCUCUGGAUGAAAAUCGCACUUGGUGGUCUUCUCGUCGCCUUGCCAUUCAAGCUAUGGGAUGCGAGCCCGUCAUUCUCCUGGCAAUCUAAGAAGCCUGUGCUCUCUGAUGAGUGGAGGCUAGAGCGCUUGAACGGUUACUUCGGAGCUGCUGCGAGCAUCGACAUGCCAUCUCUUGAUGGAGACACAGCCAGCGCAGUCCGAGCGGCUAACAACUCGAUCGAGCUGGCCGCCGCUGCAGAAUACCAUGCUGCGUCGUACAUGUACUCCAGCCUAUCCGAACCCCUCCGAAAGGCUAGCCCACACCGUCGCCAACCCCCAGAGGCCUUGACAAGCCUAGCGCACGAGAUAGAGGAGCUGUCGCGGCGCGCGAGUGUUGCCGUAGAGUCGUUCCAUGUUGCGCAGAGCUACAUGAGGGACGCCCGGGAUGCGACCCGCGUACGCCAGGACGCUCAGGCAUCUCUAAAGGCAGCUUACGAGGCUGAUGCACGGAAUCCAAGAAAAGCUACGGCGGAGCUUGGGGCAGCUGAUGAGGUUCUCCAGGGGUUCGAAACACGCAUCUCCGCUCUUGGCAACCAUGACAAAUCUAUUGGUGCUUUGCUGGACGUUGUUGGCAAGCAGGCUCAGUUGUGGGGAAAGUUUCUGGACGCUUUGCAGCAAAUGCGUGGGGAUGUAUCCGUUUGGCAGGAAGCCAAUAGGCUUGCGACGGUGCCAGAGUACAACAAAGUCGUCGGCCGGUUUUGCGGUAUCACUCCGAGCGUUCUUGGCGCCGUCGAGGUACGGAUAUGUCGGGAGUGA